GGCGUGUGUGAUACAAUAACGAUUUUUUGUGCCAUUUGAUGCUUGAUUCGAUUUAGAUUCGAUGUGCAAUUGAGCAUAACUCGUGCAUAUAUGAAUGAAUACAAUCAUUCAACGCUAUUAUUGCACAUGAUUGUCACAGAAACCAUGGUGUUAGGAAGUGUUAGUGGAUCGUGUGCCCGUUGCCUCCCCUCGGCGCGCUGCUGGACGCGCCUCUGCGGGCCGCCUCCCUCUGAGCGCGCCGCUGCGACCGGCGGCGCGGGGUCACGGCCGCAGCCGGGGGCGGCGGUCAUUCGGAGCCGGGGAGCCGCCACGCGCGGGUGCUGCUGUGCUGCUGCUGCUGCCGCUACUGCUUGUGGAAGCUCCAAUACACCUACCAAAUGGAGACGCUGCCUUUGGCCUAACAUUGGCGCGGUCAAGGCCUGAACCUCGAGGGGGUGAAGCGCGAGGUGGCGUCCCACCGCUGAGACGCAGGUGCGGCGCUCGAUUUUCGACGCCAUCACCAGCGCAGACGUCAGCAGCGCCAGAUGUCGCCAGCGCAGCCGUCACCAGGCGGACGUCACCGGAGCGGACGUCACCGACUGCAGCGCCGCAGACCGAGCAGCUGAUGCCACUGCUGCAGCUGAUCGCGGCCGAUCGCGGUCGAAGCAGCAGUUUCGUCGCGUUGUUUUAUAGUGCAAAGAAUAAGGGACAUUUUAUUUAGGGGGGAGGUGUGUUAGGAAGUGUUAGUGGAUCGUGUGCCCGUUGCCUCCCCUCGGCGCGCUGCUGGACGCGCCUCUGCGGGCCGCCUCCCUCUGAGCGCGCCGCUGCGACCGGCGGCGCGGGGUCACGGCCGCAGCCGGGGGCGGCGGUCAUUCGGAGCCGGGGAGCCGCCACGCGCGGGUGCUGCUGUGCUGCUGCUGCUGCCGCUACUGCUUGUGGAAGCUCCAAUACACCUACCAAAUGGAGACGCUGCCUUUGGCCUAACAAUGGCAUAACGGUAAACAGAACCCCCUUUUGUACUCGCAUCCUAUAGAGGGGAUGACUAUCGAAACUGAAUGCUUGAAGCCAAUCAAGCCAUGCAUGGGCUUGGGUUCGUGAGAACAGCCUGUCUGCUCCUCAGUGCCUGGCUACCGGAAAUCACAUCCCUGAAAUCCCGACUCGAAGCGGCAGGAAUAGUCAAGGCAGAGGGCAACGCGUUCGUCAAACAGUUCCACACGAAUCCCGACGCAUUUCUUGGUUGGGAGGUACACAGCGAUGGCACCAUUUGGUUCGACCUGGACUGCAUGGACCUGGACGAGCUGCAGUACUGUGGGUUCGGCUUUAGCGAGACGGACCAGCCGGCCGGCACACACCAUGACACAGACGUCUACAUCGCACACCGGAGGCAGGUGGAAGAUAGGUACUCUGCCAGUAACUGGAGCACACCGCGGCUGGACCAGCACCAGGACGUGAGCUGCGACCACUGCGCGGUGUUAGACGGCAGGCUGCACGCCACCUUCUUCCGCAACCUCAGCACCGGCGACGUGGCGCAGGACGUCAGCAUCGUCAACAGGACGUACCGCGUCAGCUGGGCCAUCGGCGUGGUGCGGGACGGUCGCGUCAGCGCGCACAACUUCACUCCGCGCGCAGAGAGCGAGUACAUGUACAUCAACUUUCUCGAGCCAGAAGCCACGGAGAUGCCGAAGUUCGAGGUGCACCACGAGGUAUCUGCGGCGGGGGCGCUGCAGAUGGCGCUGACGGCGGUUUUAGGAUUCGCACUCCUCUGUGAGCUCCUCUCCUGAGGCCGGCUCGACUACGGUGUUGUCGACGGGUGGCGAAAUAUAGGUAGUGUUAUUUAUGACGUAACCUCGGCUACGGCGGAACGUAGGAUAGCUUAUGAAAAGUGGAUGUCGAAUGUUCUGCGAAUGUGCGUGUCUGUAGGAUCUUAUAAGCGUGAAUAGUGUAAAUAUUUGUUAUCAGGAAGCACAAAUAUGUUUAAAUGAGAAGGUGAAGGUGUUCUGGGGCACUAACUUUACGUGGUUCGUACCUUGCUGAUGCCCAGCUCGGAGAUGUACUGGGCGAUCUCCUUGGACGAGGCGCAGGAGAGGUUCCUCACGGCCAUCGGGCCGUCCGAGCUGGCCGCCGCCUGUUCAGCGCGCUGCUGCAGGAACUUGUAGCACUGCUGGUUGAGCACCUCCACGAACUCGGACUCAAAGUCCUGGUCCGAGUACCACGCGCCGCCCGUCACCGACUGGUCCGGCUCGAUGUCGUACAGCAUGUAGACCUUCUUGCGGGACGCCUGUGCGAAGGGAGGUGUCACGUAAAAUGCGCCGGGUGAUUGGUGGGCGGAGACGCGACGUGUUCGUUGUUAUUAGCGAAAACAAGUUGUACUGUCUAAUUUGAGUGCAAGAAGGUGGUAACUUCCGAAUGCCAGCCUCCAGCUCUAGCGGCAGAUGAUUACGAGAGAGCAUUCCAAUGUGUACAUAUGCCGAAUAGUUACCUAGUACGAAAAUCAGUUUCUAUUCACUCUUGUAAUAAAUCGAAUAGCCAUACCAACUCAA